AUGCCAAAAACAAAAAUAUAACACAACAUAACAAAGUUGCUGUUAGAAGUAUUUUGUAGGUUACGAAAGAGAAUAGCGCUAUAAUAUAUAGAAUAUAUUUGAAAUUUAAUUAAAAAACAUGCUUGCAAUUAUUCGUGAAAUGAAAAAUGCCUUUAGCUAUGCUCCGUUAAAUCCGACUUUCAGAAAAAUUCAUUUGUCUGUAACCACAGAAGCAGCACGAAAAGGGACCCGAGAAAAAGCUCGCAAAAAAAAAGUUAAAGUAGAAGUUCAAAAGGUUGGUUUCAUUCCGCAUAACCAAAGGAAUAAAGAGAAACUAAAUUUAUAUCGACAAAAUAAACACGUUGAUGAUUCCUGGAAAGCUAAUCCAACUGAUGAUUGUUAUGUUGGGAAAUAUUAUAAGUGGAAAAUUUACAGUGUAUCCGACGCUAUACAAUGUCAUCGCGAAACCCAUCAUCCAUCAAUGUAUAAUGUUCCAAAUGCACCUUUGAAUGUACACAUUGAGUUGAAUAUGAAAGCAGAAAAAGCAAAUAGGUUUAUUGAUAAUUUUCAAAAAGUGGCAAUGAUUCCUUAUAAAUUUGAUCACGGAGAAGAAAGAAGAAUUCUCGUUUUUACAAAGACAAUGGAAUCGUUAUUGGAGGCGAGGGAAGCGGGUGCUACAUUAGUGGGAGGAAUAGAAUUAAUCAAAGACAUCCAAAAUGGUGAACUCUUAAUAUCAGACUUUCAAUACGUUAUUGCUCAUCCGAACAUACUCCCCGAGUUGGUUUCCUUGAGAGGACUAAUGAAAAGAAAGUUCCCAAAUCCAAAAAAUGGUACCCUAGGACCUGAUUUGAAAGAUAUAAUCACCAAAUUUUCAAAUGGAAUUGAAUAUAAGGCGGAAAAAGAUGAAAAUCAGCCAGAUUUUGCUUCAAUUACAACAUGUAUUGGGACUUUAAAUAUGAAAAGUGAAGAAUUAGAAGGCAACUUAGUUUCUCUUUUAAAAGAUGUAAAUUCAAAUCGUCCGAAGCGGGAAGGAAAAUUCAUAACUAAAGUAAUUUUUAAGAGUCCUCCAAGUAGUGAACAAUUGAGAAUAAAUCCCUUCGUUUAUAUAGAAGAAGAGUACAUAAAACCAAAAUCUAUUUAUAAAACAAGUUAUAAAGACGUAGACGAGAAUUCCGAAGAAAUGGAAAUCAAAAUCUAAAAUUUAAAAAUAUUUAUAGUCUUAUGUUUCGAUAUGAAAUUGUAGUAGAUAUCGUCUAAAUACUGAAAUUGUUAUGGAAUAAAAAUUUUUUUAACCAA